AUGCCGAAAGCGUUCAAGCGCAAGGUGUACAAGCCCCCGCCGAAUACGUUCUUCGCGUACGUGCACAACCCGUGGCCGUACCUCGACGCGCCGCGCCCCGCCGCCAGCGCCAGCAACGCUAAUCGGGGGAGAGGAAGCGGGCGGGCGUGGGGCCCGGCGCAGCGCGCGAACGCGACGCUGGCGUGGGUGUGCAUCAUGGCGCGCGACCUGUGCGGGGUGCAGCUGGAGAAGGAGGACAUGGUCCUGUUCCGCAAGGGCACGUCGGACGACGUGAUCGUGCAGAUGGAGGCGCCGGCGGGGACGGAUCUGGCCGCGUUCGAGGCGCUCCUCGGGGGGCACCACCGCGCGGACUUUGAGCGGGGCGACCCCAAGGAGGGAGACGAUGUGUUCAGCGUCGUGUAUCGGUACGAUUAUGCGCUGUAUAACGCGCCGGGCCAGAGCGGCUGGGAGGAGGUGCACGCGACGGCGGACGUCAGCUUCGCGCCGACGAAGCUCCCGAAGGACUUCUCGAUCAGGCGCGACGGCGCGUACCCCGCGCCGCGGCCCGUGCCGAAGCUGCAUGCGGUGCGCCCGAAGGACGUCGCGGCGCUGCCGGGGCGGCUCGUGCUGGGGCAUAAGGACUGUGUUUAUGUCCAGCCUGGGCCGGCGGCGGGGCAGCUUCAAGAACCGGCUCCGGUUUUGGAAUCCGCUGUAGUGGAAAGAGCGCCAACGCCGAGUCCAACGCCGCCGCCGCCUCAGCUACCACCGCCCCGCUCCGAACAUGCAUUUGUCCCCUACGAAAGCAUCCUGCCGACCUCCGGACGCCCCGCCCCGCCAGCACCCAACACCGCCGACACCGUCGAGACCAGCGCGGCAGCACCACGCUCGAGCAAGCUGGGCAAGAUCGACCCGGACGACGAAGAUGCUGCAGCGCAGGCGUACCUGCACGGAGAGCCACCGGAUGUCCGUGUGAAGCAAGAACACCACGAAUUUGACGAUGAGGAGGCGCAAGGCGGGCUGGGCGGCAUCGCGGAACUGGUGCAGCGGGAGCGGGAGCGCAGACAGCGCGGCUUGAACGGUGAUGGCACGGGGCCGAGUGCCGUCCCGGGGACUGCCAGUGCGCCGGGCGUGCAUGUCAAGCAGGAGCCGCAGGACGCGUGCCUCCCGAUAAAUGCUGAACCAGAGCCAGCAGACCCGGGACAGCUUGAGGCGAUGGCACGCGUCAAGCCCGAGCCGUUCGAGCCGACUCUCAGGCUGCCCGUGCAACCACAGCCGCAGCAGCAAGACCGCGCCGUGGACCGAAACAAUCGGGAUGCAUAUACAAGAACGGAGAUCGACAAGCCCGUCGGCGUGAAGCCGGAGCCGGUCGCGGUGCGCAUCCCGCCUGCACCGGCGGCACGCCUGAGUCAGAGAAUGGACGAAGAUGUGGGAACCAAGCGUGAGGCGAUUCCUGCGACCGUCCCCGCAGCACCGGCGGCCGGCGGAGUCUCCCCACGGACGGUGUCCGUCUCCGCGUCAGCGCGUGUUAAACGCGAAAAUCUGGACCAGACAAUGGAGGUGGACGACUUCCUCCGGGACGCCACGACUACCGUCGUCAAGCGCGAGCCGGUGUCCGUGCGUAUCCCGCCUGCGUCGGCGUCCGCGCAAGUUAAACGAGAAAAUGUGGUUCACCGAAUGGAGGUGGACAGUCCCCGCCCCGGCGCCGGCGCCGGCCGGCGUUCCCCGCCCGGGGAUGGAACCACAGUCAAGAGCGAGACGACGUCCGCGCCGAUUCCACCGGCGGCAGAACGGUAUACCCUCGUCGAACUCCCGCAGACACCCGAGCAGCGCCGCGCGGCGCGGCUGUACGGCGUGCACGCGGCGUCGUACCGGUCGGUGCCCGUUCCCCCGGUGUCGGGCUCGUCUUCCCACAACACCGCGGUGGGCCGCGUCAACCCCGAGGCGGUCGUCAAGCCCGAGCCGCAGGAGCCCGUCGUCCCGAUCGAGACGGAGGCGCCCCGGCUGGAACGGCGGACGCGCUUCCGGAACCGCGGGUUCGAUCCGUUCGCGGGGUUCGGCGACGCGCCGGGGCCGGGUGUCAAGAAGGAGGAGGAAGACAUGGGGCAGGUGGCCCGACCCGAUAUCGGUCGCAGGCGUAUCAAGACGGAAGACGACGGCACACAAGACCGGGACCGGUACAGGCCGCAGCCGCCGCUGGCCUAUCCCGCCUUCGCGUACGCGUUCCCUGGCGCGCCGCAGGCGUAUCCUGGGCCUCCGCGCGGGGUGAAGCGCGAGCGCGAGGAGGACGAACACGGGCUCGGGCUCGGGCUCGGGCUCGGCCGCGGGGCGCAGGGCGGACGGUAUGCGGCGCGAUACGGACGCGCGGCUGGGGACGCGUACCGCUAG